GGGCCCUCAGACGAAAGCCAAUUGGGAUGUGAAAUCAUUUUGCUAUUGCUUAGCGCGAAGUGCGGAAGUUAAACAUUAACCAUAUACCUAUUAAAUUUUGAGCAACAGGGGAAGAAAGUGUAAAAUUUUGAACUACGUAUUUAUCCAGGCAGUCACUGCUUAUAUGCAGAUCUAUUUUUAAACCCUUUGGUUAUAGUUAUAGGGGCUAUGUUUUGGCAGCUUCUGCUGGUGGCGGCAGCGGUGGGUGCCGCGUAUUACCACCUGUCGCGGCGUAGGCUCUACCGACUCGCUGCACAGGCACCUUCCGGCCUGAAGGCCUAUCCGAUUAUUGGACAUGCUUAUAUGUUCACUGGAAGCUAUGAAGAUCUAAUGCUUUCUUUGCAAAAGAUAGGUUGCGUAACUAACCAACAAGGUGGUCUUGCAAGUUUAUGGCUUGCCAAUAGACUGUUCAUUAGCAUGACAGACCCUACAGCUAUUGAAGUAGUGACUAAAGCUUGCUUAGAUAAAGACGAGAGCACACUAAGGUGCACGAGAAUGGUCAUAGGCAACGGAUCAAUUUUUGCUCCAGGUAAAAAUAGCCAUUAUAGCUUCUAAUUAGAAUAAGAUCAACUAUUUUAUCUACCUAAUUACAUUUUUCCUAGCUUUU